AUGAGUUUGACGCCGUCCAUCGGCAGACGGUCGCAGUUCAUUGCAAAUGGGCACGCGUAAAAACUCUAUUACGUCGAAGCAAGGAAUUCGAAAAUAGAUUUAAUACAAGCAAAGCUAUUUUAGUGAAUGAAAUUGAACAAAGUGCAAAUAAAAGUUGUAUAAAAAUACGGAAAAUGCCAAAUUAGUGCAAAUAUAACAAAAAUAAAUAAAUUAAUGAAAAAAGUGUUCAACAAUAGCAAUAAGUAAACAAAUUCGCAAUGAUUUUCGCAACACCUUUAAUAAGGCACAUGUACUUGUGCGCCAACACGCUUUGUCUAAUCGUCGGUUUGAUUAUGGUGUUACUGAGUGCGCUCUUCAUGGACUCCGUACAGAAUUUGCAUUUGAUUUAUUGCAUACUUGGCUUAAUGGCGGGUCUCCUAACGGCUCUGACCUCUUUAGUUGGCUAUCGGGCCAUAAAGCCACCGAAGGCUGCCUUGAUGUGGCUGUAUUGUGCCUUGGUUACAAUUAUAUUCGUCACUCAAAUGUAUAUUGUAACACAUCUCGAAGCCACGAGCAUAAUCACGAGCACAGUGGAAGCCGUAGAGUUACUGUGGGAAAGGGAAUUGGUGGAAGAAGGUCCAAUGGCUGAUAUCGAAAGUCGGUUUCAUUGCUGCGGUCUGCACAAUUCUAGUGACUACACAUCCAUAAAUUUGCCACUGCCUGCUAGUUGCUUUUAUGCCGAGAAUGACGCCUGGGUCCAUUAUAAUGAUGGCUGUUUGGAGAAGGUGAAAUUUGCCGCUGGGAGAGCGAGCAAUGCGUUAUCUUACGCUGGCUAUACACUGGCUGUGGCGCAGCUGCUGGCUUUGAUAUUCUCAUUCAUACUGACUUUAAUUUACCAUCGAACUGGAGAUUAUGAAACCUUAUAGUAUAAACAAAACUGAUUUGUGUAAAUAUUAGUAUUCGUUAAGUAGAAAAA